AUGAUGUCACAGAAACCGGAACUUCUGAAAGGCUGCUUUGUUUUUGCUAAUGGAGAUGUCUACGAGGGCGAAUACGCAGUGACCAAUUCUGGCAUACGCAGACAUGGAUUCGGGAAGUAUAUUAGACCGACUUUUCAUGUGCAUGAUAUGGAACAGGAAAAAUUGCUUAAACGAGAGGAAAGCACUGAGACAGCUGAAGAGGAUAGCGAUGAAGAGAAGAAUGCCGAUGCCAGAAAACCAAUCUCUAAACUUAUAUACGAGGGUGAUUGGAUAGACGACCAGAUGACUGGUGAAUGCAAGAUUUGGUUUCCUGGCGGAUGCUAUUAUGAAGGUUCGGUUUACAAAAAUCGGUAACUCUUUCUAAACGCUUUUCGCAUACAGCGUAUGGUAUUUCGUUUUCCAAAAUAAUCCAGAGAUAGAUUUUUAAAGAGUGGUUCAGAACUGUAAUUGUUUCUGUGGCGUUGGUAGAUUCUGACGGGUAGAUUUUUAUUUUACAUCAAAAAACCUGUUUCUAAAGUGCCACAUGCAUAUAUUUUAAAAUAUUCCUUUACGAGAACAACAUUUUCCGUAAUUUUAUUAAAAUGCAUACAGUUCGUUCAGUCUUAAGCACUGCUGGUCGAUAUCUCCAAAUGGAGAACCGAAAGAGAAGUUGCCCACUCUCGAACAAAUAUCUUUUUCUAAGAACUACGAAAAUCUAUAUUUGGCGAGUGCCCUUGUUGAUUCUGGGACUCAAAACAAAAUGAUAUUCAUAUAAGAUCUAAAUGGCGUCUUAACCAUACAGUCGGAGUCUUAAAAUGAUAGAAAAUUACCAAAUGCUUGGCACACCAAAUUUUUUUGCAGCAAAUAUUUAAAGACGAGAGACAUUGUUUACUUCGUAUUAAAACUAAAAUUAUUUGCCUUCAAAAUUAUAUGAACGGAGGACAUAAGACAUAAAAGCAACCAGCAUUCGCAGACGUUAGUAAUAUAUCGAGUAAACAUGCCUCUGAACACCGUAAUACAUUCCAGACUUUCAGUUUCAUUGAAUUUGGCAGUUCUAAGGCAGUUUUAACAUUUAGCUGUUGAAAAGCGACAAAGGAGUCGUUUAAAAUCUUGUCCAGGGAGACGCUGGUAUUCGCCAAGAGUUUUUUCAGUUUUCUCCAAGUGCAGUGCAUUUUGUCAGAUUUUUUAAUGUGAAUAUUUUGUAAUAAGGACAUUUAAAAAAACAGUAUUUGACUUAAGUUCUCUCGAAGGUGUCCGAAGGGACUCGAAAAUUUUGUUCUAAAGACUUUGUCUCGAUGCCUUUUAAUAAGUUCGGAAAUUCUCUUUGGAUAUCUUAAUUUGUAAUCUGCAGACGCGCUGAUGCACGAAUCCACUGGAAAUCCACGAGAAUCUUUAUGAGCAUAUGUAAUAAUUAUAAGUGGAGAAAGAGGAAGUCACUUUCAUAAUGUCUCAAGUAAAAUACUUUCCGACAAAUGUGUAUUUGCAUGACUAAGUAAUUAUUUUUUAGUCUCAUAAACGGGACGUUGUUUUGAGAUCUAUGGCAAACACAUGACAAAAUUAGAAAGCUGUGUCUACUCUUUAUUUUGGACAAAAGUUUGAUUUAUCUCACUAGUUAUUUUUUACUGUUUCUUGCCUCCUUGCCUUAAAAACAAAUUUUUCUAGUAAAUUUGGAGUCUUUUUUUAGGGUUUAAGUAGGCUUUUUGCGGAACAUUCCGAGAGAGAGCUAAGUAUUCUUCAUAAGUCAACUAAACAAGAUAUAUAAGUCAAUGACUAACUGAAAGUCCGUAAAAAGCGGAGCAUGCAUGUUUAUGCGUUAAUUCCUAUGCCUACUAGUUGCAAAGUUAAUGCUGUAAAACUAUGUUAAUCGAUUCAGUCAUGUGUCAGUUGCCUAUCAUCUAGAACGCACAAUUACUGAAAACUACCAUGUUUGAGUAGACUGGGAAAUUGUAGAUAUCCGUAGCACACAGCGUCGGGCGUAUGCUCUGAUAAACGGAUGACCAAAAAAGAAAGAAUAAAUUUUAUCCCAGAAAGGAAAGCCCAGAGUGGUUUUCUGAGUGGCUUAGCGUGAGCUCAAAGUAAUUUUGUACUGGGAAAUUUUGAGAAGACUUUAUCUCAAGUAGAGAGAGGAAAUUCGGGAAUCCUGUUCGCAGUAAAGUGCAGGCAUCGCGGACACCAAAUACGCGUCAGUAUAUGCACAGUUAAGGUUUGUCGAUGGGAGCUGACGAUUUUCAUUCGCGCAAAGCUAAUCCCUGGACGAUAUGGUGAUCAACAAUAUUAUUAUCGCUACUUGCAAGUUUUGAGUAACGUUUUUAUUUUAUUCCAGUUUACACGGGAGGGGAAUGUACAGAUGGCCCAACGGCCUCUCGCUCCGAGCUGUCUUUUACGAUGACUAUAUAAUGGAAAACUCCGCCAUUGAACUCACAGAUUCCAAAGGCGAAAUUUGGAAAGGCAAAAUUUCUGAAUCACAACAAUCCGAGUUAUCACCCCUGGACUUUAAUAAACUGGAGGAAAAAAUGGCACCGGAGAAUCUGAAAAGCUUUAAUGCUUUACGCUUUCUUUUAAAAAACAUGUAA